AAUAAUUCACGUGGUGAUGCCAUUUGAGACGUGUAUUUAAGGGCUUGAGGAAGAGCUUCCACUGCACACACACCAAACUAGGGUUUCAUCUUCACCAUGGUUUCCACCAUGAAACUUGUGCUUUUCUCUGCCCUUUUACUCUUCUCCCUCCAAACAGGGGUGUCAGUCACCCCACUGCGUUUUCAGCAUCCACUAGACCCUCUCACCAAAGAAGAGAUAACUCUUGUCCAAACCAUAGUCCACAGGAAGUACCCAACCUCCAACAACACGUUAAGCUUCAACUACAUUGGCCUCGAUGACCCUCACAAGGAUACCAUCCUCAAAUGGGAAUCCACCAAACCAACCACCACAACUCUCCCUCGCAAGGCCUUCGCCAUUGCCAUCAUCAACACCCAAACCCACCAGAUCCUAAUUGAUCUUCAGACUAAGACAGUUCUCUCAGACAACAUUCACAACGGAAAUGGGUUCCCCACCCUCUCCGGGGAUAAACUGGCCGUUGCCAUAGACUUGACACUCAAAUACGGCCCAUUCAAAGACUCAAUCAAGAAGAGAGGGUUGAACCUCUCAGAGGUUGUGUGCUCCACUUUCACCUUGGGGUGGUUCGGAGAAACCCAGAGCAGAAGGACAGUGAGGGUGGAAUGCUUCAUGAAAGAAAGCACCCCCAAUAUAUGGGUGAGGCCUAUCACUGGACUCACAAUUGUGGUUGAUCUUGACCUCAUGAAGAUCGUCGAGUAUCACGACCGUGCUAUUGUACCAGUUCCAACCACUGAUAACACUGAAUACCGCUUAUCACACCUGAAUCCACCAUUUGGACCAAAGCAACACAGUCUAGCAACCCAUCAACCACAGGGUCCUGGCUUCCAAAUCAAUGGCUACAGCGUUAGCUGGGCCAACUGGAAGUUCCACAUUGGAUUCGAUCCACGAGCAGGACUGGUGAUAUCACUGGCCUCCAUUUAUGAUCUGGAGAAGCACAGGUCUCGAAGAGUAUUGUACAAAGGCUACAUUUCUGAGCAGUUCGUGCCAUAUCAAGACCCAACAGAUGAUUUUUAUUAUAAGACAUUCUUUGAUGCUGGAGAGUUUGGGUUCGGUCUCUCCACUGUCUCAUUGGUCCCCAACCGUGAUUGCCCCUCCAAUGCUCAAUUCCUUGACGUAUAUGUUCACGCCGCCGAUGGCACUCCGGUGCUCAUUUCUAACGCAAUCUGUGUGUUUGAAAAAUAUGGCAGCAUCUUGUGGCGUCACACCGAAACUGGCAUUCCCAACGAAUCGUUCGCUGAGUCCAGAACGGAAGUGAGCUUGGUGGUGAGAACAAUCGUUAGCUACGACAACAUCAUUGACUGGGAGUUUAAGACAAGUGGCUCAAUCAAACCCGCGAUUGCUCUGUCGGGUAUACUGGAAAUCAAGGGAGUGGAUAUGAAGCACAAGAAGGAGAUAAAGAGUGAUGAACAUGGUACCCUGGUGUCGAAAAACAGGAUUGGCGUCUACCACGACCACUUCUUCAUAUACUAUCUGGACCUUGACAUCGAUGGCGUAUACAACUCUUUUGAGAAGACAAGCUUGAAGACGGUGAGAGUGACAGAUGGAAGCUCCAAGAGGAAAAGCUAUUGGACGACUGAGACUGAAACUGCUGAGAGCGAGAACGAUGCAAAGAUCAGAAUAGGGUCCACACCGGGUGAGCUUUCGGUGGUGAACCCUAACAAGAAGACAUCGGUUGGGAACGAUGUGGGAUACCGUUUGAUUCCAGCAAUCCCAGUUCACUCUCUUCUAACGGAUGACGAUUAUCCUCAAAUUCGUGGCGCUUUUACAAACUUCGAUGUUUGGGUCACUCCGUACAACAGGACUGAGAAGUGGGCCGGUGGACUCUACAUGGAUCACAGCCAUGGAGAUGAUACCUUAGCAGUUUGGACCAAAAAGAACAGAGACAUAAAGAACAAGGACAUUGUGGUGUGGCAUGUCGUGGGAAUUCGUCAUGUUCCAUCUCAGGAAGACUUCCCUGUAAUGCCAUUGUUGAGCACUGCAUUUGAGCUCAGGCCAACCAAUUUCUUCGAAAGGAACCCUGCUCUCAAAACCCCUUCUCCUAGGGACGUUCAAUGGCCAGGUUGCCGCAGCUAAAACUAUUCAUCUGCAUUCCCAUGGUGCUACCUACCUCCGCAGCACCCUGCUUUGUUUUGAUUUGGAUGGGGUUUUCUCCCUUCCAUGUGCCACGAUAAUGUCUUCAUGCUUCUUGUGUAUUAUUAUAGUAUAAUAAUAUAAAUGUGAACAAAACUAUGUCAUAUUUAUCAGCAAUUCCCGGCCAAAUAGAACAUUGAAAAUAAGAAACUGCUGAUACCUUGACCUGAGAAAUUUGGACUGUAACAACAUAGACCAAGGUCUGCAAGAAUAAGGUAGCUCCCAAGAAGAUAUGCAUCAUUUUAUAGAUGAAAAUUAGUGAUUUGCAA